AUGAUGUACGCAUGUGCAAAGUUUGUCUCCUGUCCUGCUGUGAUUCGCAGCAUUUCAGGGACAUUCUUUAGGCCUGUGUCGAUCUCUGUCUUAAGCAGACCAGAGCCCCGAAAUGAACAAGUACAGCUCCUCCCCACACCAGGGAGUAUACUGAUGCCGGUUAUACAGCGGGACCUCCAGACCAGUGUCACCUCUAGGGACAUCGACACCGCUGCUAAGUUUAUUGGUGCUGGUGCUGCCACUGUGGGAGUGGCCGGCUCUGGUGCUGGCAUUGGGACUGUAUUUGGCAGCUUGAUUAUUGGAUAUGCCAGGAACCCUUCCCUGAAACAGCAGCUUUUCUCCUACGCCAUCCUGGGCUUUGCCCUCUCUGAGGCCAUGGGGCUCUUCUGUUUGAUGGUUGCCUUCCUCAUCCUGUUUGCCAUGUAAAUUCCUGUGAGAUCUGGAAGAUGG